AUGACAAGUUCAGAAACUGCUAGCACAACCUCAUCUGUCGGUAAAGCUGAGGAAGCAGAAGAGCAAAAGUCAAAACUGAACGACUUUCUUUUGUCCUGUAAAGUUAAGCCAUUGGGUAACCACAGUUGGUUGGAAUGGUCAAGUGCCAGCGAAUCGACAAGAAGACGCUACCUCGAACAUACAGCCGAAGCUGUUGCAGUUUUACUAAAAGUCAUUUCCACUACGAAUGCUAGUAGCCUUUGGGACGCUCUUCAAAAGUCAAAAUUAGUAAACGAAAAACUGAACAUCAAUUCACUUUCCCUGCCAUCAGAGAAGAAAUACCUUGAGGCACUUGCAGGGGCGUACAUGAUUGCUAGCAGUUGGGAUACAAGGAGACAGAUUUUAUCUAUUAUGGCAGGAGUGGCAAGCUACAAUGCUGCUUGUGAAUUUAUCCCUGGUCUCAGUUCUUAUCGAUACACCGUUGCAAGUCUACACCGUCUCCAACACGGCCCUGGAGCCCCUGUUCCUGUAGAGCAGAGUACCCGCCUUCGUGUUACAAGAGAUCAGUUGGAUCACUUUCUCGAAUUUAUAACCAGCCCCCACUUGGUUCAAGAUCUUCCCUUUGGUGAGAAGACACUUGUCCUGUCCACGGGCGAGUCAGUAGUGGUGCCAAAUGUUAUCAGAACCAUGAUACCACAGCGAAUUGUACAGCAGUACAAACGUUUCUGCGAGGAAACAGAUUUUGUCCCAUUCAGCGAGAGCACGAUGUUACGCAUUCUUUCUUCUUGCACUGCCUCGGUCCGUAAGUCCUUACAGGGACUAGAUUAUUUUGCCACAGAAGGUUCAAAGGCGUUUGAUGAUCUAGCCCAGCUUAUAAGAGAUAUCUCCCCAAAAGGACUUGACAAGAGCACUGAAGACUCUCUAAAGGCGGGAAAAAUGUACUUAAAGGGAGAUUACAAGGUAAUUAGGUCUUCUCCAGUUAGUGUUUUGCAGGUUAUAGCUAUGUGCAUUCAUGGGCAACCCUAGGGCUCUUGACGAGUGGAAACAACAGUUCAUGGAUCAGUUUUCUUGUGAAAGUAAUCGAAUAGUUGUUCGCUAUUCUACUUUAAAAUUUCUUUUAUCUGAGAUACACCUAUCUGGAGUUAUUCUUUUGUUAGCUAGAGAUCUUUAUGGUCCGUCUACCGUAAGUGUAAGCCCCUCUUAUCUAAUAAAACUAGGAAUAAGCGAAAUGACGCAACAUCAUUCAAUUUAUCCAGUUUCUUGCUUGAUUAACAAGGUUUUGCGUAGUGUAUCAUGUUUAAUGUAAAGUUCAAAGUAAGGAUAGACUAACGAAUGGCAAAUCACUUACUCUGAAGGAGGAUUCUGACAUAAAUUUUGAAAGAGUGGAUAUCUAGACGGCGUACACGUAUCAAUUGAUGGAGUGCCCCUCUUGAUAAUUUCGCCCAUAGCAAUGUAGGGUGCUACCCAUAUAGCUACGAGAAUAAACGCCUCUUUCUUUUAAACACCUCCUACCUAAUAAAUGCCUCCUCCAAUCAUGGACCUCCAAAAUUAACUAAACGGUAUACAAAAAACACCAGACUCAUGUUCUCGUUUGCAAUUGAUGGCUGUUUCUUAGGUCCACAUCAGUGAAGACUCGUGCGUCCCUGAUCAUUGCUGCAUAUAUGCUCUGA